UCCUCCUUGAAUGUCAGUCUCCACAGGACGACAAAAAAACUGCCACCAUCACCCUGACUGAAGUAACAGAACCUUUCCUGAAAUCAUGGGGAAUAUUUUUGGGAAUUUGCUGAAGAGCCUCAUAGGAAAGAAGGAGAUGAGAAUCUUGAUGGUGGGGCUCGAUGCGGCAGGGAAAACGACAAUCCUUUACAAGCUGAAAUUGGGGGAGAUAGUCACCACCAUUCCGACAAUCGGAUUUAAUGUUGAGACGGUAGAGUACAAGAACAUCAGCUUCACUGUGUGGGACGUAGGUGGACAGGACAAGAUCCGGCCCCUCUGGAGGCACUACUUCCAAAACACUCAGGGUCUGAUCUUUGUGGUGGACAGUAAUGACAGAGAGCGUGUGAACGAGGCUCGAGAGGAGCUGAUGAGGAUGCUGGCUGAGGAUGAGCUGAGAGACGCAGUGCUGCUUGUGUUUGCAAAUAAACAGGAUUUACCUAACGCCAUGAAUGCAGCUGAGAUCACAGACAAGCUGGGCUUACACUCCCUGCGUCACCGCAACUGGUACAUCCAGGCCACAUGCGCCACCAGUGGCGACGGCCUCUAUGAGGGCCUCGACUGGCUGGCUAAUCAACUAAAGAACAAAAAGUAAGAGCGGGCAAACCUGUAAAACACAGCCAGCAAGCCACCCCCCUGAUCCAGUGUUUUCUUUCCUCUUGGGAUGGAGGGGGAGGGGUUUGGUACGAGGGUUUUCGAUUGGUAGAUGCAAAGCAAGACCCUGGUUUUGAGGAAAAAAUGUUUUUGCUCGAUGCUCUGGUUAUUUAAAGAUAAAAAGUUCAUAUCUGACCACAUACACUAAUUCACAAUAAUGGUAACAAGGCACGACAGACACUUACUUUUUCUCCGUCCACCUUUGUCUUCGGUUUAGUGUCCUCUGUGUUUUUCUGUAGUUGCUGUGUCCAGGUUUUGUUUUUUAAGCUGUAAGUCGUUUAUGUAAACAGCAGUGGUCCUGUCAAAGAUCCAUAUUUUACAAAACAAUAGCUUUUUGCAGGUUCCAAUGUUUUUCUCUUCUUUGUUUAACAAUACUGAACACAUUUUGAAUCAGCGUUUCGAUGUGGGAGCAGACAGCAGAAGGAUUUUUCAUCAAAAGAAGGAUUUUUCAUCUAUCACCACAAAAAUCAAAUUAAUUUAUGCCCUGUAUGUAGCUUGAGCCAUACUCCCAUCAAGUCACCCCAACGUCUCUGUCCAUGCUAAUAAAGGCAUCCCCACAGCAUGAUGCUGUCACCGCCGUCAAUCAUUUAGGGUGGCCCCCCUAAAAACGAAACAAACUUCAUCUCACUGCCAUAGUUUGGUAGUCCUAUGAUAUCCUGUAGUUAUGUUUGAUUUCCUUAACACCUAGCCACUCCUGCUUCCAGACCAAAAAGUCAAUGUUUGCUGUAUCCCCUACAUAUCUUGGGGCAAAGUGGAAAUUGGGACUUUUUUCUAAAGAUUUUUGGGGGCAGAGUUUAAAACAACAGUCCGGUUCACAUCAUUUUUGCAGUUCAGGUGUGUGAGGAUGCUGAUCCAUGUUUACAUUACUAGUAUUACUACUACUGAAUAAUACCAUCAUAACUGGCUCUGAUGGUUUCCUCUCCUUUGCUGUUUUUAUGCAGCGUUGAAAACUUUCAGUCAAUGUAAAUGUGUAUGCUGGGUGUGGAGGAAUAAGAAUAAUAAGACGCAUCUUUUCACUGCUACAUUUCAGAAACCUCUCAAAAUCCAUGUUGUGUUUGCAGCAACACAAAGCAUUCAAACUGUCCUUUUUAGGAAUUUAAAGCUGUGAAAGACUCUCUUAAUUUCCUGACCUGCACACAUCCUUUAAUCAGCAUCGCGUCUCCAUUCGGUGAUCUGCAGGCGAGGACACUGCUUGUAAAUUUUUUCUAACCUGCCCUUAUUUUCUUCACUAAACUGAAAUGAAGAAAACAGUGCUUUCUGCAUCAGGUGGCAGCAUUUGCUCAUCUGCCUUAAAGUGAAACACAGGCAUUUACAUUUGAUAACGCAAAGCUCCUCCUUGUCCACCCUCUAAUGCAGAGGUCACGGAUUAGCAGUCCGACCCAAUCUGAUUUAAAACAUUUAUAAAUUACCGCAUGUUCUCCAACAGCAGUGUUUAGUUUCACUUGAACCGCUUCUCCUGUUUGUACGGUAAAGCCAUCCAGAACGUCCGGGACCAGGCUACACGUGAUAUAAAUUAGCCAAUGACCUGUGUCAGUCAGGGCUACUGCUGCUAGCUGCUUUUAGACAAAGCAGGCAAACCUAUGGAAAGCUGGGCGCUGGGAAAGAAGGAGAAGACAAUGAGAAAAAGAGAAAGAAAGUGUGGACUGCUGUAAGAACUGCGGUGAACUGGUGAAAGAAAAAGACCAUUUUGAGUAUGUUUGGCUCAAACUUCUGCUGUGAAGCAGGAUUCUCCACCAUGAACAUAAUCAAAACUAAAUAUCAAUCCAGGCUCAAAAUAAGCUCGUUGAUAUGUGCUUGAGAUUAGCUUUGUCACCAUUCAAACCCAGGUUUAAAACCGUGCAGGUAAGCCUAAAACCCACUUCACUCAAGUCAUAAAAAAGAAAGGG